GAAAGACAGAAAAAAUCAUUAUCUCCCAGACAGAGAGACACUAUUAGCUUGUGUGGAACGACAACUGCGAUUUGCAUCCUCCGAUCACUUCCUUCAGUAGCCAUGCCAACUGGCGAUUGCUUCCAUUGCCACAAGCCAGGUCACUGGGCGAAUCGUUGCCCUCUCAAAUCCACCACCACCACAGUCGCCGCAGAUUCUCCUCCGGUCAUUCACUGCCCCUGCGACCGCGCUUGCGCCGUUUUGACUUCUAAAACAGUGAAAAACCCUAACAGGAAGUUCUACAAAUGCUCAGCAGUCCCAAACUGCAAAUUUUUCAAAUGGUGCGACGAAGUGAGUCUCGAAUCGAAGCAGGCGGUCUCCGACAACCCUACUUGCCCUUGUGGCUCUGGUCUCGCUAGAAGAGUAACUGUCACUGAUGGACCAAACGCUAACCGUUCAUACUUUGCUUGUUGCAUUAAGAAGGGUUUCGGAGCUUGUGGAUUCUUUCAAUGGGAGGACGAUGCUCAAGAACAAGUAGGACUUAAUGGUUCUCCUUGUUCUACAUUGUCUGAUUUUUCGGAUGUUGUUAAUUCACUACCUAAUAUUGAUUUGAGUUCUGAUGCUAGUGUAAACCAAGAAUGUAAAGAUGUGGUUAGUCUUCAGACAAGAGAGGAAGUGCUCCCUUCACUUGCGUCGACACAUAAUGAAACUCAAGGAAAGGAUUUGUGUAAUUAUUACACAACAAAUAGUGAUGAUACAGGGUUUCGUGGUAAAGAGAGAUAUGCAACGAGUCUUUCUGAGAACAUCAUCAAUCCAGUUUCCACUAAACCAACCUGUCAAUCUACUACAUCUAUUGAAACCGAAGCCUCUUCCUGCUCCUCUUUGAUGGACCUCAUUGAGCAAUAUAACUCGGAGAAGCUCCAUUUCGAGAGUGUUUCUACGAAACAUGUUGAUGCCUUGUCCGCUUUUACGGGUUCGUACAAGAUAUUAAAGUCUCUUCGUGAUACAGCACAUAAUGUGAAGAAACAAGUGGUUGAAAUAGAGAAUCAGGUGAAGCUUUACGAAGCCAAGACCUCAGAAUUUGCAGCAAUUCUUCUAGAAGUCUGUGGUGAAAUGACGAAAUCGCAGAGUAAAAUGGUGGAGACGGCAAGGAGAGUAGUGAAGGAGCUGGGAGUAAAGGAAAUCUGCAGCUCCGUAGACAACAUGAAGCUGAAAGGUACAAGGAAGUGAGGAUGAACUAAUUAUAUAUAUCUUGCAGUUGAAUGUUUAUAUAAUAUUUACAACUAAAUAAAAAAAUAACUGAAGAUGUAUAAUCCAGUAAUUAAUGUUCUAUAAAUUAAGCAUUUUAGAACUUGUAAAAGCUGAAUCACAUAACUUUCACUUAGCACAGAGACGCCAUUGAAUAUAUGACCGCG